GAGCAGAGUGUGGCGGCGGCGGCGGCGGCGAGAUCUGGGCUCGGGUUGAGGAGUUGGUAUUUGUGUGGAAGGAGGCGGAGGCGCAGGAAGAAGGGGGAAGCGGAGCGCCGGCCCGGAGGGCGGGAGGAGGCGCGGCCAGGGCGGGCGGUUGCGGCGAGGCGGGGAGCCGGGACGAGCAGCAGCCGAGCGAGCGCGGGGCGCACCGAGGCGAGGGAGGCGGGGAAGCCCCGCCGCCGCCGCGGCCGCCGCGCCCGCCCCUUCCCCCGCCGCCCGCCCCCUCUCCCCCCGCCCGCUCGCCGCCUUCCUCCCUCUGCCUUCCUUCCCCACGGCCGGCCGCCUCCUCGCCCGCCCGCCCGCAGCCGAGGAGCCGAGGCCGCCGCGGCCGUGGCGGCGGAGCCCUCAGCCAUGGCCUCGGGCGACACCCUCUACAUCGCCACGGACGGCUCGGAGAUGCCGGCCGAGAUCGUGGAGCUGCACGAGAUCGAGGUGGAGACCAUCCCGGUGGAGACCAUCGAGACCACAGUGGUGGGCGAGGAGGAGGAGGAGGACGACGACGACGAGGACGGCGGCGGUGGCGACCACGGUGGCGGGGGCGGCCACGGGCACGCCGGCCACCACCACCACCACCAUCACCACCACCACCACCCGCCCAUGAUCGCUCUGCAGCCGCUGGUCACCGACGACCCGACCCAGGUGCACCACCACCAGGAGGUGAUCCUGGUGCAGACGCGCGAGGAGGUGGUGGGCGGCGACGACUCGGACGGGCUGCGCGCCGAGGACGGCUUCGAGGAUCAGAUCCUCAUCCCGGUGCCCGCGCCGGCCGGCGGCGACGACGACUACAUUGAACAAACGCUGGUCACCGUGGCGGCGGCCGGCAAGAGCGGCGGCGGCGGCUCGUCGUCGUCGGGAGGCGGCCGCGUCAAGAAGGGCGGCGGCAAGAAGAGCGGCAAGAAGAGUUACCUCAGCGGCGGGGCCGGCGCGGCGGGCGGCGGCGGCGCCGACCCGGGCAACAAGAAGUGGGAGCAGAAGCAGGUGCAGAUCAAGACCCUGGAGGGCGAGUUCUCGGUCACCAUGUGGUCCUCAGAUGAAAAAAAAGAUAUUGACCAUGAGACGGUGGUUGAAGAACAGAUCAUUGGAGAGAACUCACCUCCUGAUUAUUCAGAAUAUAUGACAGGAAAGAAACUUCCUCCUGGAGGAAUACCUGGCAUUGACCUCUCAGAUCCCAAACAACUGGCAGAAUUUGCUAGAAUGAAGCCAAGAAAAAUUAAAGAAGAUGAUGCUCCAAGAACAAUAGCUUGCCCUCAUAAAGGCUGCACAAAGAUGUUCAGGGAUAACUCGGCCAUGAGAAAACAUCUGCACACCCACGGUCCCAGAGUCCACGUCUGUGCAGAAUGUGGCAAAGCUUUUGUUGAGAGUUCAAAACUAAAACGACACCAACUGGUUCAUACUGGAGAGAAGCCCUUUCAGUGCACGUUCGAAGGCUGUGGGAAACGCUUUUCACUGGACUUCAAUUUGCGCACACAUGUGCGAAUCCAUACCGGAGACAGGCCCUAUGUGUGCCCCUUCGAUGGUUGUAAUAAGAAGUUUGCUCAGUCAACUAACCUGAAAUCUCACAUCUUAACACAUGCUAAGGCCAAAAACAACCAGUGAAAAGAAGAGAGAAGACCCUUCUCGACCACGGGAAGCAUCUUCCAGAAGUGUGAUUGGGAAUAAAUAUGCCUCUCCUUUGUAUAUUAUUUCUAGGAAGAAUUUUAAAAAUGAAUCCUACACACCUAAGGGACAUGUUUUGAUAAAGUAGUAAAAAUUAAAAAAAAAAAAAACUUUACUAAGAUGACAUUGCUAAGAUGCUCUAUCUUGCUCUGUAAUCUCGUUUCAAAAACACAGUGUUUUUGUAAAGUGUGGUCCCAACAGGAGGACAAUUCAUGAACUUCGCAUCAAAAGACAAUUCUUUAUACAACAGUGCUAAAAAUGGGACUUCUUUUCACAUUCUUAUAAAUAUGAAGCUCACCUGUUGCUUACAAUUUUUUUAAUUUUGUAUUUUCCAAGUGUGCAUAUUGUACACUUUUUUGGGGAUAUGCUUAGUAAUGCUAUGUGUGAUUUUUCUGGAGGUUGAUAACUUUGCUUGCAGUAGAUUUUCUUUAAAAGAAUGGGCAGUUACAUGCAUACUUCAAAAGUAUUUUCCUGUAAAAAAAAAAAAAGUUAUAUAGGUUUUGUUUGCUAUCUUAAUUUUGGUUGUAUUCUUUGAUGUUAACACAUUUUGUAUAAUUGUAUCGUAUAGCUGUAUUGAAUCAUGUAGUAUCAAAUAUUAGAUGUGAUUUAAUAGUGUUAAUCAAUUUAAACCCAUUUUAGUCACUUUUUUUUUCCAAAAAAAAUACUGCCAGAUUUCAGUGUAAUUUCUUUGCCUGUUCAGUUACAGAAAGUGGUGCUCAGUUGUAGAAUGUAUUGUACCUUUUAACACCUGAUGUGUACAUCCCAUGUAACAGAAAGGGCAACAAUAAAAUAGCAAUCCUAAAGCAAGAAUAUGGCAGAACAAGAUCUGUAAGCACAGUCUUAUUUUCUUUUGUUGUCCAGAAUACUUAUAAUUCUUGAGCCUCCCAGAAAUUGGAAGCUAAAUAAAGCAACUCAAAUUUCCUUUAUUUUGCACUCAAUUACAGUGAUUAUUGAUGAAAGCGAUGCAUGGAUAUUUUAAUACUUCCUACAUGUCCUGACUUCUGAAAGAGAGUAGGUAACAGGCAUCCCGAGUUCAGGAACUACCUCAGAACACCCCAGGCCAGGUUGGUCAUAGGCUGUGAUUUUAGCCCCCGGCAAGUGUGAGUGAAGCAUCUGUACCACCGCGCAGCCUGAGCGCCUGCGCAAGGUAAGGUGCCACCUGGCAGUGGGGCACACAGAGGGAAGACCAGGCCUGUCCAUCACCCGGCUGCCUUCAGAGGCAGCUCCAGCAGGGCCUUGGCUUGUCUGACAGGAAACGCUUGUGGUCGUUGGUUAUUUGGUUUGAGAGCCCUUGUUCCUCCAUCUAGUGGAGCAUCUUAUUAAAUGCUAGCAGUGUGGCAAUUGAGUGCCAGUAGCUUAAUUUCAUGUUUCUAAAUGGACACUGGGUGCAAAUCGGCAAGGUGAUUAGAUUAUUAGAAAAUUGUGCUCGAUGAGUACCUCUCACAUUGUAACCUCUUAAAUGUACGAUUAUAAUGUUGGAUCUUAGGUCAAAUAACAGACUUGAGAAUACUUUAUAAACUGCCAUGAUACAGCAAAAUCUCAUUCCAAGCGCAAACAUACUGUGUGUCUUUCUGUUUUGUGUAUGCUUGACUGCAAGAUAAAUGACAAACUAGCUAAUAUCCGAGAUUUCUUUACAAACGGCCAGGGACCCCAUCAGGUAAAACACAUAGCCCAUUGUCUUAGAGCUUCUCCAUCGGUCCUGUACAGGAGGAUUGGUGACCUACUAACAGUGACCCUGUGGCUCUGUGGAAUUCUGAAGUGCCUUUUGUGAAUCAUGAAUGAAACAUUUAACUUGAGACUCUUUAAAAAAUUCAUCCAGAAUCUGUUACCCCUUGGGUAGUUUGAUGGAACUGAGUUAAGCAGAAGACCCCAGCUGUUUUCUGGGUAAGCCAGGCUUUGCUGUAUCUGGCAGUCAGGAGAGAGGUCAGCCCAUGGUGGAGGUCUUCAGUGCCGAGGGCUCGGAUGAGAACGUGUAGUUCUUUGACUUGGACCUGGGCAGGGUCUUCUAUGGAUGCCUGCCUUGUGAGCACCCACACCUUCCCUCCCCACUGUCAGGUUGAGUAGCCCCAGCGUGACUGUGUUAGGAGUCCUUUGCCCAACAUUGUGCUGCACUGGAGCCUGGCCCGGGCACUGUCCUCAGGACCCUGCCCAAGGGCCCACCGCAGAGCACACCUAUGCUAUGGGGAGCCCUGUUGGCAGCCCCGAGAGCCAUGCCAUGGCCUGCAGGAGCCAGGCUCCUGUGUGGAUGAAGUCCCUCUUCCUCUGUGCCUUGAUCCCUUGGGGGUGCCUUUGGUCAUCUCUUCUGUCCUUUCCUGUCUCUGAAAUAGUCAUCACUCCCCUUGACUCUCUCUGUUCACGUCUUCUCAGUCUGCAGAGUUAACUUCUGUAAGGAGUUUAAUCUGGGGUUCUAAGAAAACAAGUUUCUUGUUAACAUAGCACUGACUUUGGAACAAUAGAAAACUAACAAAUGAGCAACAAUAUAAAGAGUAGAGGUAGUUCUCAUUGGGUGUAACUUCAACCCAUUCUGCUUGUGGUUAGAAUUUAUAAUUUUGCUAACGAUGUAAUUUACUAAGGUUUGAAAUGGUGUUCUAACAGUGAGUCCAUUGUCUUGAGGAUUAAUCUGAUUUAUAAGUAAUACUGAUAGACAUAUUUUCGUACAUCUGAGCAGAAAUAAAUGCAUGUUUCUAGCAUAUGUAAUAUAAAAACUCCAGAGGAUAAGUUUACACUUAACAAGAUGUUGUUUUCUAUUUUUGAAUUUCUUAUUAUUUCCCCCUUUUUGGUAGUGGGGUUGAGAGGGGGAGCAUACUAUUUGUAUAAAGAACUGUCACCCCAGAGUGACAUUUAUUUUCCAAGAUGACCCUGAACUCAUGCUAUUGGUUUCAUAUGGUGUUUGUGUGCUUUGCCUAGAUUCAAGGCCUGAGGAUUUGAGGAAAAUCGGGAUUUUUUUUUUUUUUUUCCUAUUUGGUUUUCAUGUAAAAGUUCUAAAUGUCACUUAUUUUGCUAAAUAAGACCCUUUCACAGGAUAGUGUGCGCAAUACCUGUCCAUGUUUCCAAGCAGAGUUCAAGUUCAUGUCUUCACAAAUAGAUGAGAGUCACUUCCAGUCGGGGGAAGCCUGCCUGAGCAGUUUUGAGAGUGCGUACAUUGGAGAACUGCCCCACGUCCGUUUGCACUCUGCUUUGCAAAACUUAUUAUGGAGACGUGUCCCAGAUUGGUCUCAGACCAGAGUUUAUGUUUGUGGCACAGGAAAACCUGGCCCCCUAAAAGAAGUUUUGGAAUUGGAAACCUGAUAAUUUCGGGAGGCUGAGGCAGGAGAAUGGUGUGAACCCGGGAGGCGGAGCUUGCAGUGAGCUGAGAUCGCACCACUGCACUCCAGCCUGGGUGACAGAGCAAGACUCCGUCUCCAAAAAAUAAAAAAAGGAAACCUGAUAAUUCUACCCACCUCCCACCCCCACUAUAGGCAGAGAGAGUUGAUCACUUCCAGGGUCUCUGACUUCUGUGACCUGGAAAUCAGCCUGGCUUGGGAAAUUCAUGUUGUUGAUCUUUAAUUAUUUAAUUAUUCUUUAAUAUCCUUCUAUUUUGUUGACAUCUGACCCCCAGCAAGAGUAAGCAUCCCAGAGGUCAAAACAGUGGUGAGAGCCAAGCUGCUCACAGACACCCACUUGAUGCCACAGCCAUGCCAUGAGGCUUCCUCCCAGCUGCUCUGCUGGCUUGCUGAAGCCAGCUCUGAGUCACAGGGUUGCCUUGGACCCUCGGCUGUAGGGGAUACCUGUCUGGCUCCAGGCCCUUUUUCCUGGAUACACUGACAGUAAUGUGAGCGCAGCACUUCAGAGUUCAGGCCCAGCAGGUCCUGGCAAGUGCAUUCCACCCGAACUUUUAACCCAAGCGGUGGGGAAGGAAGCCAAAACUCCAAGCUGCACUUUCUUGGGGUUCUGGCCAUGCACUUCUUAGCCUUCUCUCUGACUUUACAGGACAAAAAGUACCCCCAUGCCUUCAGAAUCUGACUGGAUGGCUGGCUAGGUCUCAUCCACCCCAAAUUACUGACCCUUGAUUUAUGUUGUUACUGCUCAGGUUAUGCUCAGAUGCCCUGGUUGCCUGAAGAUGGUUUAAGUGCAGGCCCUUCAGACAAGUCACGUCAGGCAAGAGAGGGCUGGCCUCUAACCCACAAGAGGGCAGAUUUGUGGCCAAGAGGCUUCCUGGCAUCCACCCCCAGGCCCAAGGGAUCAGUGUGGUGUCAGAGAGGAUCUUUAAGCUGGGACUGUACUGAGGCUUGAUGGGAAGUAUGGGCAGCACGUACUUGACACGUUAUCACCCAGUCCCCUUAUAAAAUCUGGAACGGAGCCUUUAAGCUGAGCGUUAGCAUCAGGUCAGCAGGCAAAGCAAACCUCCCACAAACUGGGUGCCGUAAGGCGGGAGGUGACACGUGGAGAGCUUGGUCCUGGCCGAGCAGGCACCCAGCCCCAUGUCCCCUGCCAGCAUUCUGGAUGUCAGAGGAGGGGUGCGUGUGAUGGCAUCACAUUCAUCUGAAGCACACUGACUGAUUUUCCACAAGGUGGCAAGUUCGAUCAAAUUGACCGCUUUUCAUGAGACACCCAGACGCUGUAAAAACAAAACAAAACAAAACAAAAAACAGCACUGGGAUGUGUUGAGGAGGGGGCAGUUUGCUGUGCUCUGUUCUGUCUGCUGCUCUCUCUGGGGGCCCCACAAUGUCCACACACAUCACGGAGGGGAGAAAGGCAUCAGUACCAAACGAAAUAACCUCUUUUCUACAAUGUCCAUACCCGGACAUGUGAGGCUCUAUUAUCAACAGGUGGUGAGAAAAAUUCUGUUUUUAUUCACUUUCUGGUAACUUCUGUAGGCCCUGGCUCAAGGACUUCGCAUUACGUCUCAUGUACAUCUUUUUCUUAAGUGUUCUUUGCCAUUUCUGGAAUUGUCCUUGGUUUUUCCUUAGCUCAUAGGUCAUAGACGCAGAAAUAUAGUAUUUAAGGCAUCCGCAUCCAGCAUCAGAUGGCUUUGCAUCCAGAAAAACAUUGAUAACUCAGUUUGAAGCACCAAGCAUGUGUAAUAUGGCUCUAUAAAAUAUAAUAAAUGCAUAAUGUUAAGCUUUUUAA